AUGUCUCCACAGAAGCCUCCCGAUUCUGCACAAAGCGGCGAUUUCCCUCACCUACUCGUAUACGGGCCGUCCGGCGCGGGCAAGAAGACGCGUAUCGUUGCGACGCUGAAGGAGCUGUACGGCGCGGGCGUGGAGAAGAUCAAGAUCGACAGCCGAGUGUUCCAGACGUCGUCGAACCGCAAGCUCGAGUUCAACAUCGUCGCGUCCAACUACCACCUCGAGAUUACGCCGUCGGACGUGGGCACGUACGACCGCGUCGUCGUGCAGGACCUGCUCAAGGAGGUCGCACAGACGCAGCAGGUGGAUCUAGCGGCGAAGCAGCGGUUCAAGGUCGUCGUCGUCAAUGAGGCGGACCACUUGACGAGAGAUGCGCAGGCCGCGCUGAGGAGGACCAUGGAGAAGUACAGCCCGAAUCUGAGGCUAAUCUUGUUGGCGGAGAGUACAAGCAAUAUCAUCGCGCCUAUCAGGAGUAGGACGCUGCUCGUGAGGGUGGCGGCGCCCACGGAGGAGGACAUCGUGGAGGCGUUAAAGGUGGCGGGGAAGAAGGAGGGGUGGAAGGAGAACGAGGAGUUGAACAAGAAGAUUGCGAGAGAGUGCGGGAGGAAUCUGAGGAAGGCAUUGCUGAUGUUCGAAGCGGUCCACGCGCAGAAUGAGAACGUUACGGAAAACACGCCUAUCCCCCCGCCAGAUUGGGAGGCGCUCAUUGCUCAGAUCGCAAAGGAGAUGGUCGAGGAGCGCUCACCUGCUCGUAUUAUGCAAGUUCGCGCGAAGCUAUACGACUUGCUCACCCACUGCAUCCCACCGACCACAAUCAUCAAGACGCUCACAUGGAAGCUGAUCCCUCUUUGCGACGACGAGCUGCGAGCCGACAUAGUUAAGUGGAGUGCUUUCUACGAGCACAGAAUAAAGAUGGGCAGCAAAGUUAUCUUCCAUCUUGAGGCCUUCGUUGCUAAAUUCAUGCGUCUGUACGAAAGUCAUCUCAUGGGUAUCGAUAUCGAUUUCUAA